AGGCAGAUGCGUGAAGCAGGCUAAUGGCUAAAAGUACAACAAAGAUUUGUUAGAAAAGUGAAUGGAUUUAGCUUUAAAGCUCAUUGUAAAAAGUCCAUAAAUCUUGUAGUGAAGUUCAAUUCUCAGGACUCCUCUCUCCGUCGUCUCCUCAGGACUCCCUCCACGCCCUCAUGGCCACUCUGAGCGCUUCCAACCCUUUCUUCAUCCGCUGCAUUAAACCCAACAUGAAGAAGAAUCCAAGUGUUUUUGACCCUGAAAUUGUCAUGAAUCAGUUGAGAUAUUCUGGGAUGCUGGAAACAGUGAAGAUCCGUCGUGCUGGCUUCCCCGUGCGUCGAACUUUCAAAGACUUUUUCUCCCGGUACAAGAUCAUUCAGAAGGUCAAGGUGCCCACGGCUGGAGACGAUAAGAAGAAGAGCACAGACCUGCUGCUGAAAUAUGACAAGACCAAGAAGGAGUGGCAGCUGGGAAAAACCAAGGUGUUUAUGAAAGAGUCUCUGGAGCAGCGUCUGGAAAAAGACCGGGAUGAGGUCCGAAGCCAAGCAGCGAUGAUAAUCCGAGCUCACCUGCUCACCUUCUCUGCCAAGUAAGAGCUGAAGAUGUAAUUAUUUGAAGGAGAGAUCCGGCUGCUGCCAACACUGAU